AUGGCUAAGGAAGUGUCUAUGUGCACGCAACUUCAACAAUGGAGCCCUGUAAAACCUACAGGGGGUUCUCCAAGCGUACCCCCACAAGUUGGCUACUGUUUUCAUACGCCUAAGAAACACCCUUGGAGACCUAUUAUGGGUUACGAGGAAAUUGAAGUUACACCAAUGCCAUCACAACCAAUAACAAAUACAAUGGUAGACCCCUGCUACACAUCCGAGGGUAUGGCCGCCGAACCGCUCCGAUUUCCGAACCUGGUGACCGGCUUCGACCGCAGCCCAGAGCACGCAGCACGCGCCGCUCUCUACACGCGCUACACACAGCACGAAUGGACGCAGAACAGUAUCAGAAACUACAACGAAUCGGAUGCCAAGCGGAACUUCUCGGAGAGGGUCCGAAAUGAUAUCAUGAGAAUGUUACGAGAAACGGAUGAAAUUGGCGCUCAAGGUCAGAGGGACUCUGGCAGAAAGAUCGGAGAACGAAUCACAGACACCACCUUCUGGCGGAAUGAGGUGGCGAUUGAAAUGGAGCGUCUAGUGGCGACGUGCGAGAAGCUGAGCGACACCAGGCGGCAGUUAGAACGCGCGGUGGCGGGCGUGGAGGGCCCGCUGCACAUCGCGCAGGAGUGCCUCUACCACCGCGAGAAGCGACAGGGUUUGGAACAAGUUCACGACACCGUGGAACAAUCCCUGCUUAAGGAGGUGGCGAUCUUGCGUGAAUGCCAGGACAAGUUCCGGAAUAUGUUGGAGAAGGUUCGGCAGCAAUCGAAGAACUGCCGCGCCACCCAGCACGAGUUGGAGAGCGACAUGCGCAACAAGGAGUACGCGCUUGGCAUCGACAACAUGUGUCACCAGCUCAACAAUUUUUCGAAGGGCCUGCAGUUCUACGCGGGCAUCGAGCGCUACGAGCCGACGGUGAGCGACGCGGCGCGCUGGGCGGCCGCCAGCGCCGCCACGCUGCAGCGCUCGCACUCCGAGCGCGCCAAGGCGCUGCAGAUGCUCUCGGAUGCUGAAAAUUUGAUAAACGUGUCGGCGACUGAGAUCUGGGACCAGUGGAGCAACACUAACAACGCCUUCACUCGGCGUAUCGCUGAGACCAUCGAAAUAAAGAACAAGCUCCAGCUGCAUUUGCAUAAGGUGCAACAGGAGAUAUUCGACGUGGAGAAGACGCUGGAGCUGCUGAACAAGGCCAUCGAGGACAAGCUGCAGCCCAUGAAGGUGGCGCACAGCAGGCUGCAGGCCAGGACCACCCGCCCGCACCUCGAGAACUGCCGCGACGACGCACAGCUACGAUUGGUGAAGGAAGUUUGCGAUCUCCAAGAGACCAUGGAGACGCUACGUUCAAAGAUCGCGAGCGCGGAAGGAACGCACCAGACUUUGUUAGGUGUUAGGGCUUCGCUGGAGGCCGACCUGCGCAACAAGAGCAGUACGCUCUUCAUCGACCGCGACCAGUGCAUGGGACUUCGCCGCGGAUAUCCUGUCACCGCUGCUAUCAAGUCCUAG